GCCUUGGAGUCGGCAUCACAGAAAACUGAGGCGGCCGCGGCCGCGGCUGUCAGGGGGCGAGGAGGAGGAGGAGGCGGAGACGGAACAACAUCGCCACCAUCCGCAGCCAUCGGACACCACGGCCCCGCGAUCGCCGCCUCCGUCCCGCGCCAAUGGAGGCGGCAGAGGCCGGGGAGGAGGAGGCGGCGGCGGCGGCGGCGAGCGGGCGAGGCGCGCAGGCGCUGAUGCGGGUGAAGGGAGGGAGGCACUCCAGAGAGAAUGGCCAGCGCGGCGCGCCGUCGGGCGGAGGAGGAGGAGGAGGAGCCAAGCGGCGCAAGCAGUCGCAGCAAGCGCAGCCGUGCCCCGUGUGCGGGGGUCCGCUCUCGGGCUCCCUGCACGAGCGCAGCCAGCACGUCAACGCCUGCCUCUCGCGGGGCUGUGUGGCCGAGAGCCGCGGUGGCGGCGGCAGCGGCAGCAGUGGUCGCGAGGAGCUGAAGGUUUGUGUGGACGGGAGCAGCUCUGAGGAGGAGGAGUCGUUUGAGGAGUACGAGUGGUGCGGGGAGACGCGCAUCCGAGCCAGCUCCCUGCUCGUCGGAGGAUACCGCGGCUCGGGGUUCGUAACGAACAGCGGUGUCUGCCACGAGAGUGAGGGGGAGUUGGACGUCGAGGGAGAUCAGAGUCUGCAGUUCGGCUCUCCCCAGUACACGGAGGCGGACGUGGUUCCGUGCGACGAGGACGGGCAGGGGGACGCCCUGGAGCGGCAGGCCCUUCGUGGGGCCCUCAUCAAUGGAGAUGUCCCCUGUACGCGGCUGAGUGGAGAACCUCCUAAGUGGGAGCGACCAGAGGACGACAUUCCGUCUACGAGCAGCGCCGCGGGGAGCAGCGAGAAGAGCAGGACACAGCGCAACAGCGACAUCCACAGGCCGGGCAGCAGCUCCAGCGGCGUGAUGAUCCAGGCGCUCAAGGCCCGGGUUCAGGAGCUGGAGAGGCUGGUGGAGAGAGGAGACCGAUACCACUGCCUCAUAUGCAUGGAGCCAUACACUCAGCCGCUCGUGUCCGUGCAGUGCUGGCACGUGCACUGUGAGGAGUGCUGGCUGCGUUCACUGGGUGCCAAGAAGCUGUGCCCUCGCUGCAACGCCAUCACGUCGCCUCGCGACCUCCGCCGUGUCUACCUGUGACCCCCCCCCCCACAACCGCCUCCACCACCCGUGAUUCAGCCCCGCCGCCCCCCUCCUCCCGACAAGUGAAGCUGCCGCCUGCUACCCUGCGUGUGAGCUCGCCAUCGCCAUCCCCGGCGACCCAAGCAGAGCGUCCAGGUUCGCCAAAUCCCUCGGCCUUUGGAGCCGCCGUCUGCGGCGUGGACUCGCGCGUGAAACGGCACGGAACCGGCGCCGCGUAGCCGAGGCGCUCCCCGACUACUCCAAUGGCCGUCUCUCCUUCACUCCGCGGGUCGCCCGCCCCGUCUGCUGUGACGUUCGAUCGAGACAGGGUGACGAGCGGAGCCGAGGGAUUAUUUUUCCUCAAUUUUUUGGUGGGGGGUCGCUGGUAGGGUGGAGUAGGUGACAACGUAAUAAUGGUAGGCACAGCCACGGUGAGGCCUAAUCCGUCACUGAAUAUUUACGAGGUCAUUUUGUAGAUGGCAAGCGACACGUCGCCACGGCGAGAGGCAUACCGAAUGCGGUUCGCUGGGAGGAGCAGAGAUAUUUUUCGGGGGUCGCCGUGCCGGGCAGACCCAGUUGAAGGCUGGAGCCCUCGUCAUGGUCAGGUUUGGGGGGGGGGGGAAGGUUGCCAAGGUGAACCCGUGAGGGCUGAUGGGGAGCCACAGUGCAUCAUGUGGACCCCCCCCGCCCACCCACAAUCCGAAUGGACUCGGAGAUAUUUUCUAUGUCUCGAUGUCCAGCGUCGUCGCGAUCGGCAGCGUCGUCACCGUCAUCACCAGACAAGUGGAAGUGUAUGACGGGGAGCCGAGUUUGGUCUGGGACUUUGUGUUGAUUUUGAGACCGUGUGUUGAUUCUGAGACCGUGUGUGUGUGUGGUCUUAUCGUCUCCGCCGACUUGUGUGACUAGAGGGGUCGUCUCUGUGUUGCGCGUGCGAGGAAAGUCGCCUGGGAUUUUGGGCCGGAUGCCUCUCUGCGCCCGACGACUCGACGUUUCUUUUGCUCGGAUUUCUUUUGUUCUUCAACAAGUGUACAUAAUGUGAUGGCGGUGAUAUUGUAUGCAUUAAUAAAAACAAUUCCCACGA